ACGUUGCGUAAGAGAGAACGGGAGGCGUCUUAUUAUUUACCUGGCGAUCAUGGGAGCUCUGAGGUGACAGGAGAAAAUGCCUGCGCACACCGGGGUGUAACGAAAGGGCUCAAGACCGAUGGGAGGGAGGGUCGGCCGGGGGAUUUUCUGAAGCCGAGUCGAUUACCUAAAGUAAACUGAAAGGGCGAGUUACCUGCGGGACGGACACGGCACGCCCCUCUUGGCAGGUGGAACAAAUAGCGGGCCUCUCGGCGCUGUCCGCUCCGUCGUCCUCUUCCAUCCAUGUAUCUGUGCCUGUGCGCACCCGGUCACGCACUGAGGACUGCGGGCAUAUCGUGAAUGUCAGCGUUCAGAGGAAUGAGAGAAGAAAGAGGCCUGGAUCAUUUUAUCUGUUGGCUGUUAUGAUACUGGAGACAGUGGAAUGCGAGUUGUGAGACUGGUGCUGUGAAUCCAACAUGGAGGUGAAGAAGGAUGGAGGAGGAGGAGGAGGGCCGUGGUCGUCUUCUUCUCCUGCCUGCUACAGGAGCACCGUCGUGGCCUCGCUCUUCUUCUUCCUCGUUGUCGGAGUCUUUGUGGGCCUGAUUAUUGCAUACCUGGUGCAGGAGCAGCAUUAUUUCAUGGAGACGGUGGAGCUGAAGGGUCUGAAGUAUGAUCCUGUCUUGCAGGAUGAGAACUCUGGUUUCUCCAUAGUACUGUCCACAGUUUUAAAGUCCAAGAUUAAAAAUGUCUUUGCUGCCUCAUCAAUAUCACAUCACUACCUUGACUGUAGUAUUGUUGCCUAUGGUAACACUAAUGGUGACGUGAUGGUGACGUUCAGACUGCUCUUCAGGGUCUCCAAGGUCCAGCAGUAUUCAGACAGCUUUGUUCAGGACCUGCUGAGAGCAGGGUUCAGCUCAGUAAUGCACGGGAAGCAGCUAGAGGUGCCAGAAUUUGGACAGAUCAACACUAUCGUCUUACUGGGUGCCAGUGGGAAGUCAUUUUACACUAUUGGAGAUGAGAUGAUUGCCAGGUGUCCUGACAAUACUUUCACCUGUGACAAUGGGGAAUGUAUCACCAAAUUAAAUCCAGAGUGCGACUUCAUCCCUGACUGUGCUGAUGGAUCUGAUGAGGCUCGAUGUGCCUGCGGCACACGUCCCGCCAUGGGGAGUCGGGUGGUGGGUGGAGAGGAUGCUCGACAAGGGGAGCUGCCAUGGCAGGUCAGUCUGAGGCACCAUGGACGCCACACCUGUGGAGCCUCCAUCAUCAGUGAACGCUGGCUGGUCAGUGCGGCACACUGCUUUGAGAGGGACAAUGACCCCAGAGAGUGGACGGCUCUGGUGGGGGCCAGCUUGGUGAGCGGUGAGGAGUCCGAGUCCAAGGCGAUUAACAUCAAGUCACUGGUCGUGUCUCCAGACUACAACCCCAUGACCACUGAUAACGAUGUAACUGUGCUGGAGCUGGAGACCCCCCUCACCUUCAGCUCUUACAUCCAGCCUGUCUGCUUGCCCUCCCAGUCUCACGUCUUUGUUCCGGGCCAGAGCUGCGUGGUGUCAGGGUGGGGCGCGUUACAUCAGUUUAACAGCGAGGUGCCUCCUACGCUGCAGAAGGCUGUGGUGAAAAUCAUUGACUCCAAGGUGUGCAAUAAAUCGUCUGUGUACAGAGGUGCUGUUACUCACAACAUGAUGUGCGCCGGAUUCCUGCAGGGCAAGGUGGACUCGUGUCAGGGUGACUCAGGGGGGCCUCUUGUGUGUGAGGGGGCCCCGGGAAGGUUCUUCCUAGCCGGUGUGGUGAGCUGGGGCGUGGGCUGUGCCCAGAUCAACAGGCCUGGGGUUUAUUCCCGUGUUACCAAGCUCCGCAACUGGAUUCUAAGCCACACAGAUCCCAGCUUGGUCCGUUACCACUCCCAGGAUGUUCCCACAGUCCCAGAUACCGUGACAGAACUGGGCUUUAAUAAUCCGCCCGCACCCACGACCAUAGGCAUCGAUGUAUCGUCCACACCAGCACAACCUGUCUUGAACUGCAGCGGAAACUUCCAGUGUAGCGCCACCUCCUGCAUCAGCAAGAUAAACCCAGAGUGUGAUGGAGUCCCAGACUGUCCCAACCAGGCAGACGAGAGAAACUGUGACUGUGGUGUGCGUCCUGCACUGGGCUCCAAUAGGAUCGUGGGUGGAGUCACGGCUCGAAGAGGGGAAUGGCCUUGGAUCGGUAGUCUGCAGUACCAGAGGCUUCACCGCUGUGGUGCCACACUCAUUCAUAGCAAAUGGUUACUGACUGCAGCGCACUGCUUCAAAAGCGAUUCAAGCCCCACUAACUGGGCUGUGAGCCUGGGAUCCGUGCUGCGCUCUGGGGUGGGGGCCCUGGUCAUCCCCAUCCAGAGGAUCAUCACUCACCCAGCUUUCAAUGGCACCAACAUGGACUACGACGUGGCUCUGUUGGAGCUGGCAGUCCCGGCCCCCAUGUCCUACACCAUCCAGUCUGUCUGUCUCCCCUCACCGGUGCACCGCUUCUUGAAGGAUGCAGAGUGCUACAUCAUGGGCUGGGGAUCCAUGAGGGAAGGAGGUUCAUUGACCAACCUGCUGCAGAAAGCUGCAGUGAACAUCAUUGACCAGGCAGACUGCCAGCAGUCGUAUAGAAAUGUGCUGACUCCUAACAUGAUGUGUGCUGGUUACAUGGAGGGAGGCCGGGACACCUGUUUGGGAGACUCUGGAGGGCCGCUGACUUGUCGUCGGCUCUCUGGCCAGUGGUUUAUUGCUGGAGUGACCAGCUGGGGACAUGGAUGUGGGCGAAUAGGUUAUCCAGGGGUUUAUACUCGUGUGACAUCUGUCAGGAAAUGGAUAUCUACAUACCUGCCUUUCUGAAGAGGCAAAGAAAUGACAAACCAUGUGGACGCAGUGGAUUCUCUUAAUACUACUUUCUCCAGAAAACUGUACUGUACAAGGACUUAAGUCAUGCUAAAAGCCACACACACAUACUCAGUUACCACAGUAUUGACCUGUGUGAUUUAUUGGUCAUGGGUGCUGUUUGUAAUACUGUGCAAUCAUCUGAACUGAGACCAGUCUCUUUCAACAUGUACUGAAGAAAUAAGGAGAAUCCUAAACAGUGGCUUACUGACAAAAUGCUAUAAAUAUGCAUGAUUGAAAGUAUUUAUUUCACUUAUUUAUUUUCCUGACUGAUACUGGUGUUGUUUUUUUCUCUUUCAUUUUGUGUGGGGUUCAGAAUAUAUGUGGUUCAUUUAUGGGUCAAUUUCUUGUCUUUUUUGUAUCUAUUCUUGGAAAAUAAUACAGUUCCAGUGCUA